UAAAUGCUUCCUUCACAUGUUUUGUUGUGUAAUUGUAUUGUUUAUGCUGUAUUCAAUAUUUUUAUUUUUAAAUCACGUGCCAAGCGUGCAUUCCACAGCGAAGCAGCUGUGAGCGCAGUUGAAAUCGGUCUCUUUGCUUUCAACCUGCUAUACACAAGAUGGACCGGUCCAGUUUCUUUAAUUAUUUGUACCACUCGAGAGGCACCUUCCAGGACUUCGCGGAAAAGUACUCCAGUCAUUUGAAACUGUUACAGCCCCUGCUUUUACGUCAUAUACUGCGCUGCUUGCAUUAAUGGAUAGAAUUAGUUUCACUUUCAGUGCCACAGCAAACGCCUUGCUAACGGGAUUUCUAGCUUUCUGUGCUUAAGGAAACAAGGGACUUGUUCCUGAAUGCCUCUGGAUAUCCAUAUAUGAUUAACUGAGAAACCACUGGGGGACUGGUUGAAUGUGUUGCCUGUACAGGUGCUUAAUCGACUAAGCCAGAAGAUGGAUGGCAUUCCAGUAUUGUCUCAGCUUAAGUCAUUUGUGCAGUGGUCUACGGGGGACAGUAAAGGAGCUGAAAAGACACAAAAUAAUUUUUUGAAGCUCUGCCCGGUGGUAUCCCAGGGCACAUCAGCAAUUCAGGCGAUAAUGGGCGAUAACGAAGGUGCCAGAAAAACACAGAUGGAGUUCCUGGAAGGUGUAAAUGGCAUGGUGAAUUCUGUGCCAGUUGUUGGACAUGCAAAAGGUGUAUUCCAUUACAUAUGUGGUGACAAGGAAUGUGGUGAUGAUGCUAUGAAAGCUGCAUCCCAUACUACGGCUGUUAUUGGGGGAGGGGUAGGGGGUUUUCUGAUGGGUGGUCCAGUGGGAGCAGCAUUAUUAGGAGCAGUGGGGGGAGCAUUAAUGGACGAAGUUAUUAGUGUAGGUGAGAUUGCUGUAAACGGUGAAAAUGCCAAGCCAUAUGGCUUUGUUGACAAUGUAUUCCGCAUUGUGAAGGACCCAAAGAAUGGAGGCAACUAUGUAGACCUGACUGGUGCUAUAGUUCUUGAUGGUAUGGCAGGAUAUGCAGCUGGGCAAGGGAUAGGAAAAAAAAUUGAGUAUAAAUUAGAUAAAACAAAGCUUGCAAAAUCUGUUGGAAAAGAUGCUGCUAAUCAAAUCAUAGAUGCUGGAGAAAAAAUGCGCGAUAUUCAUGCCAAGAAUAAUAUAAAACAGAGCAAGCCUCAUGUGUUAACAAAAGUCACAGACCUUGAAACGGGCAAGACUUUUGAAGGUCAUAAUAAACAAAUACGCCAGGCUAUUAAGAACAAGAACCACAUGACAAAUGGAUCAUCAGAAUUACAAAAGAGAGUGCCUGAUGCCAGGAAGGUAAUUAGCAGGAAUCCUACUGCAUGUGCAGAGCACCAGGCCUAUAAUGGUUUAUACGCAGAACGUCCUAAUGCUUCACCUGCUGAAAUAAGAGGUGUGAGUGUCAAAAUGCACAAUAAAUUAAAAAGGCCUGUUACCGUUGCACGUUGUGUAAAUUGCAAAGAAUUCGAUUCUGCUAUGGGGUCAGUUCCUACUGAUCUCUUGAGUGAAACACCUGUUCCAAUAAGAGUGAGCUAUGGCAAAGCAUCUCUCGUGACUGCUGCAGGAGUAGGAGUCAACGUUUUGACUAAGAAAUCAUCUGGCCAAAUUUGAGAAUCAUCCGGCCAAAUUUAUAUUUCACUCGGGCCCUGAGCGCCCGUCAUAUCACCAUCAUCAUACAUUCACUGUCAUUCAUUUAAUGGGAUUCUCCGUGCUGAAUUGGACUAUUUGCUUCUGUUCUUACAUUUCUUAUUCUUAAUAAGAGUCUGCAUUCGUUCGUUACACUGGCCUCGGCGUUAUCUGGUUGACUGGUCUUCUAAUCUUCAAAGCAAAAGUUGAUACAGCAUGCCAUUUUGCCUCGUUCUCAUAGCCAAGAGUGGUGCAGAAAUGGGUAUCAUUUGAAAGUUUAUAUUAGAUUACUAUAAUUGGGAUUCCACAUCCUGUUAACCUGCAAUGGCGAUUGAAACACUGUACCGUUUGGGUAACAAAAUGUCUGUUGACAACACAGGAGUGAUUAAAGGGUUAAACUUAUUUUUGUAUAAUUGCGCACCAUCUGCAAACUGUAACAUGAAGAUGAAAAGGGAGUAAACUGGCAUGGUAACCUACGAAAGAUGAUUAUUAAUAGACUGGCCUGGUCUCCAUGAGAAUGCAGCUAACACAAGGCCCUAAAGAGACUGGUUUCCUGUUUUAUUGGAAGCAAAUGGUAUGGGUGUAGGUUUGUAAAGAGGUCUCAAAAUCAGAGACGGGCCACGGUGUGUUUGGACAACAAAGAAGAGCAGUGAACAACAACUGACAAUAAUAAUAAAUAUAGAAUACAUUAAACAGGUGUUAAAUUAACGUGCCAUGGAUUCUAAUUAAAAGCAAUAUACUUUAACAACAGAUUGAUAAAGAAUGAAUUACAAUUUUGUAAUAUUUUACUAAUUAGAAUUCACUGGAUAUAUCCGAUACCUUACUGUAUUUGCUUACUGUUUUAAGAAUAUUAAUAUUCCUAUAGAAAAGACCUGUGUAUGUUUGCUUUUACAUGUAAAUGAUAUUUGCACUGAAGCUGAAAUAUUACCUGAAUAUUAUCCAUUGCUGAAUUUAAUGUACCGAUUCAUGCAAUUAAUAAUAAUUACUUACUGAUAAAAUUCAUAAAAGAUA